GGGUGAAGGCGACAGACCCCGAGCGGGGGGGACCCCGCGGGGCUGGAGGGCGGCGGCGGGGGGCAGAGGAUCGCCCGGCCUCGGCCGCCCGGCAGGGCAGCUCCCCACCCCCGGUGCGCCCCGCGGCGGGCAGCAGCCCGGGCCGGGCACUGGCCGCCGGCAGGUCCCGCGCUUCCUUUCCGCCCGGGGCUGGAGAUGUGGAUGCCGCCGCCGCGAAGAUGGAUUUAGCGUACGGGCUGGUGUGGCUGCUGACGGUGCUGCUGGAGGGGAUCUCCGGCCAAGGGGUGUACGCCCCCCCCGCGGUGCGGAUCGUGCACUCCGGCCUGGCGUGUAACAUCGAGGAGGAGCGCUACUCGGAAAGGGUCUACACCAUCCGCGAGGGGGAGACUCUGGAGCUCACCUGCUUGGUGACGGGCCACCCUCGGCCACAGAUCAGGUGGACGAAAACAGCAGGAAGUGCCUCUGACAGAUUCCAAGACUCGAGUGUCUUCAAUGAAACUCUGAGGAUUACAAAUAUCCAGCGACACCAAGGAGGCCGCUACUACUGCAAGGCGGAGAAUGGUUUGGGUUCCCCAGCUAUCAAAUCAAUCCGAGUGGAUGUGUACUAUUUAGAUGACCCGAUAGUGACAGUUCACCAGAGCAUCGGGGAAGCAAAAGAACAGUUUUACUAUGAGAGAACAGUGUUUCUCAGGUGCGUUGCUAACUCCAACCCACCAGUACGGUACAGCUGGAGGCGUGGCCAAGAGGUAUUACUGCAAGGGUCAGAUAAAGGAGUUGAAAUCUACGAACCCUUCUUUACCCAGGUAGGAAUCAAGGGGGAAACAAAGAUAUUGAAACUAAAGAAUCUUCGGCCUCAGGACUAUGCUAAUUACAGCUGCAUUGCUUCAGUGAGGAGUGUGUGCAACAUCCCUGACAAGAUGGUGUCUUUCAGACUCUCCAAUAAAACAGCGUCUCCAUCAAUUAAGCUCCUGGUGGACGACCCCAUAGUGGUGAACCCUGGCGAGGCCAUCACCUUGGUCUGUGUGACGACGGGAGGCGAGCCGGCGCCCACGCUGACCUGGGUGAGAUCCAUUGGAGCCCUGCCUGAAAAAACUGUGCUGAACGGCGGGACCUUGACGAUACCGGCCAUCACUUCGGAUGACUCCGGCACGUACAGUUGCAUCGCCAAUAAUAACGUGGGGAACCCUGCAAAAAAAUCCACCAACAUCAUUGUCAGAGCCUUAAAAAAAGGCCGGUUUUGGAUCACGCCUGACCCCUAUCACAAAGACGACAACAUCCAGAUUGGGCGCGAGGUGAAAAUCUCCUGCCAGGUGGAAGCUGUUCCUUCUGAGGAGCUCACAUUCAGUUGGUUUAAAAAUGGACGCCCGUUGCGUAGCUCAGAAAGAAUGGUCAUCACCCAGACGGACCCUGAUGUUUCCCCUGGCACCACCAACCUGGACAUCAUCGACUUGAAAUUCACUGACUUUGGAACGUACACCUGCGUGGCAUCCCUGAAAGGCGGAGGCAUAUCCGACAUCAGCAUUGAUGUCAACAUAUCCAGCAGUACAGUUCCGCCCAAUCUGACUGUUCCACAAGAAAAAUCACCUUUAGUCACCCGGGAAGGAGACAUUAUAGAACUACAAUGCCAGGUGACCGGAAAGCCCAAACCUAUAAUUCUUUGGUCCAGAGCUGAUAAGGAGAUUGCAAUGCCAGAUGGAUCCAUGCAGAUGGAGAGCUAUGAUGGAAUACUGAGGAUAGUGAAUGUGUCUAGGGAGAUGACAGGAACAUACAGAUGUCAGACCAGUCAGUACAAUGGAUUUAAUGUGAAACCCAGAGAAGCAUUGGUGCAGCUCAUUGUGCAGUAUCCUCCUGCGGUGGAACCAGCAUUUCUGGAGAUUCGACAGGGCCAGGGUCGAAGCAUCACUAUGAGUUGCCGGGUGCUGAGAGCGUAUCCAACUCGGGUUCUGACGUAUGAGUGGAGACUGGGCAACAAGUUGCUGCGGACUGGUCAGUUUGAUGCUCACGAUUCUACGGAGUACAUAGUGAGCAGCCUUUCCAGGGACAGUUAUGGGAUUUACAAUUGUAACAUCAUCAAUGAAGCCGGGGCGGGCCGAUGCAGCUUCCUCGUUACAGGCAAAGCCUAUGCCCCAGAGUUCUACUACGACACCUACAGCCCCCUCUGGCAGAACAGACCCCGGGUUUACUCCUACAGUCUGCAGUGGACUCAAAUGAACCCCGAUGCUGUGGACCGCAUCCUUGCAUACCGUUUAGGGAUUAGACAGGCUGGACAACAGCGUUGGUGGGAACAGGAGAUCACGGUAAACGGAAACAUUCAGAAAGGAGAGUUAAUUACAUACAACCUGACUGAGCUGAUCAAGCCAGAGGCCUAUGAAGUCCGCCUAACUCCCAUCACCAGAUUUGGGGAGGGAGAUUCAACCAUUCGUGUCAUCAAAUAUAGUGCUCCAGUCAAUCCUCACUUAAGAGAGUUUCACUGUGGAUUUGAAGAUGGCAACAUCUGUCUAUUCACUCAAGAUGAUACGGAUAAUUUUGACUGGACGAAGCAAAGCACUGCCACCAGGGACACAAAAUACACCCCAAACACUGGACCCAACGCAGACCGAAGUGGCUCCAAAGAAGGUUUCUACAUGUACAUUGAAACAUCACGCCCACGGCUGGAAGGAGAAAAGGCCAGACUUCUUAGUCCUGUUUUCAGUGUAGCCCCUAAAAACCCUUAUGGAGUCACCAACACAGCGUAUUGUUUUAGUUUCUACUAUCACAUGUACGGACAGCACAUAGGAAGCUUGAAUGUUUAUCUGCGGUUAAAGGGACAGACCACAAUAGAAAAUCCAGUAUGGUCUUCAAGUGGGAAUAAGGGACAACACUGGAACCAGGCCCGGGUUAAUAUACACCCCACCACUUCGUUUCAGCUCAUUUUUGAAGGGAUCCGAGGUCCUGGCAUAGAAGGUGAUAUUGCUAUUGAUGAUGUAUCAAUUGUGGAAGGAGAGUGUAUGAAAGCAGACCAGCCAGCCAACAAUUUACGAGCAGGUGCUGUUGGGACAUUAGCACAUAUAUGGCUUUUUCCAGUGAUCCUCCUCAUGUCUGUCUUAAGUCAUCAAAGGUGACCUUAUCCUGGCAGAGGCUAUGAAAGAUUCACCAGGCAUUGGCAUGAAGAAAGAGUCUUUGUAAAAUGGACAUUUAAAAACAAACUACCAAAGAUUCCUCCACUGACUGACUCAAAACAUUAAAAUAAAUAAAUAAAAAUUAAAAAAAAAAAAAGCACUGGGGAUAAAAGGCAUCAUGGGAGCGUAACUGACUCUGAGCCACAUAUGAAAAGCGAUCUGGCGUAAAAGAGACCUUCAGGUGCUUUUGUGGUCUAUAAGAAAUACGGCAUCAUCUGGUUGAACUCUGAAAAAAAGACCUAUAGAAAUCCUUGUCAAAGCACAAAGUCAUGGCUGGUUUUGUUUCAAAUGAAUAGUUUGCUUGUUACCAUGGAAACCUAAUGGCCUGCCAAAAAAGAGAGAGAGAGAGAAACAACACCUCACUGUAAACAGGGUAUCUGAAGAGCUGGCGUUUAUUUUCCCUUCAAGAAGGUUUUUAGUCUAGAAUUAAAUAAAUGUAGGCCCUUUCACCUUGGGGUGUCACCUCCCCUAGAGAAUAACCCUCGAUCAAAGAUGUUUAAGACAUUUCUGUUUCAUUUUCUCAUGGCUAUGCUAGAUAACGGUAUGCUGUCUCCUUUUGCAUGCAUCACUGUCCAGGGUGUGUAACCUGGGCCUACAUAUGACACAGGCUUAUCCGAGUUUGCUUGCAGCCACUUCAACACCUUUCCUCCCCAACUAAGUCAUCUGUUCUAAUGAAGUGAAGAAACCAAACCACCGUCUUUUAUAAAUUGCCAUGGAAACCAAGUGCCUUCAAUGAAACAAGCCUGAUUAAAACACAAACAAACAAAAUCAACACAGAAGCUUGCACUGCUAAAAAUGUGGUUUGUGCAAACUAUUUUCUAAACAAACCACAGAGCCUAAGUGUGCAAACAGCAGGCAAGGAAACAGAGCCGCUUCUGGAGAAGGAUGGACCUAAGUUGCUGCGUAAGACCCUUUCAGACGAGAUGUUCCAGACAGCCAUGGCCUUUCAGCUUAUUAUCCAUUAGAAAAUAGCUUCCAUUGGUCCUGGAGAUGGGAGCAGCACUUUUUUUUUUCCAGAUGAUCAAGUGGGUCAACCAGAGAAAAAGGUUGUUAAGAUGUACUUAGCGCAGCAGGUGGUAAAACACAAAAGGGAUUUUCUUACUCUAACCUCCAUUUGAAAAGAAAUUGGCCCGAGCUUUAGAGAGACGAGAAGGUGUGUGUGUGCGAUUGCAGUGCAUACAAAAUAACACAAAAAGGGGGCCGCCAACGCAAAGGGGGCCUGCAAAUCUGGCUUUAUUCAAAACACGGAUGGUAUAAUGCCUCUGCCCGUUAGUCAGACUCUGUGCAGAUUGUGAAAUAUUAUUUUAUUAUUUUAGCAUAAUUAAAAAAGAUACUUUUACAAAAAAAAAAAAACCUGUAAAAAUGAUUUUGAGCUACCUGAGUACCUACCAUACCUUUAACCGGCCAGUUUUCCAAUGCAUUGUAAAUUUCCCUUAUACAGUGGGUUAUGAAAAUUUGAAAACCUUUUUCCUUAAAUUAUCUCAGCUUUUAACUUCAUUUAAAAAAGACUUUUGUCUAAAGAUGAUGAUGAUUAUUUUAUUAUAUGUUCAACACCCUAGGAUUAAAAAAACUGAUAUGCAAGUAAUUGGGUUACAAAUAUUAAAAACAACCACCACAAAAUAUAACAUUUGCAAAUAUUAAUAUAAAAAGCACAACAAGAUGCAGUAAAACAAUUACAAGGCUUGAUUUUUUUUUUUAUUCUGUAGAAAAAUGUUUGUGCAAAUUCAGUAAUUCAACUGAAGAGACAAUUUUACAGCUAUGUUCAAUAAAGCCUCUUUCCAGAAAAAUGGGGGGGGAGAGCAAAGUUUGGAUAAUUAACUCCCCUUGACUUCAGCGAGAAUGAUGGGUGUAGAGUGGCUACAAGAGCGUGUCCCAGCUGAGCCUUCUCAGAGUCACAGGUAAGUGGACUCUACAUUAAACAUUCAGCAGCCUUUUCAUCCCAUGCCUUGUAAAUAUGCCAGCAGGAUCUGAGAGAGCUGGGGUGUUACCUUAGCAUUUGAAAUUCGCGAUCUCCUUUUAUACCCAGCAAUGGCACUGUAACCCACAUCUUCUCUAAAUGUGUAGUUUGCACAUGAAAUCCUAAAUAAUAUAGCCAAGUUCUUUGAUCUCACUAUACCAGCCCAGCUCUUCCCCUGCAGCCAGCCUUAUCCAGGGACACCCUUGUUUCUCAUGGGAAAACAAAAGAACAUAGGCUAAGUAGGGACAAAUUACUGCAGAAUACAUUGCAAAUACACUGCAUCUCGCUACCUACAACAUUGACUCAAGCCAGCUCCAUUAAUUAGACUCUAAAGGCAGGGAACGGCUCCUCAUUCAAGUCUCUCAAAGAGGCUGUGUGUAGUUGGAGAAAAAUAGCAAAUUUAGCUACCCUACGAGUAGAGGAUAGGUUCUUUGCACUCAACCCACUUUAUAUCAGCCAAGCCUUUUUCAGAACAAUCUUCAAAUGUGUAUAAAUGUGAAACCCACAAUAAUGCUCAAGCACAGAAAUCUCUCUCCUGAAAUGUCCAUUAGAGACCUUGGAAGAAGAACUGCUUGGUCAGCUGGAUGUAAGUUAAACUGCAGCUGAAAGUCCUCAUGCCAUUAACGGCCUCAUGCACAAUGGGGCUUCUUACAGCCUUCCGUGUACACAUGCAAUUUCCCUCUCUCAACUCGAUGGCUUCUGUCACCACUUUGUUUCAACAGCCUUCCUCCAAUGAGUCCAUUUGAUUUGUAACAGAGUUGGGGAAUCAAGACCCCAUACUUUUUAAAUACCACCUAUCAGCUAAAGCACUGCCUCAUUCCUCCCAUUAAGGCCACGUCAGGGUUUGCUGAUGAAACCGUGGCGAUGUACACACAAAAAUGCUCCUCCUGCUGGUUUAACUCUCAUGCUGCACCGAUGUCAUAAAACCACCUCGAUGAGCAGCAUAGAGCUUUUGGCGACAAAGUUAGAGUGACGCACUGUCAGUGUAGACCCUGCUCUUGCUUAUGUUGCCCUAAGUGGCCUCCAGGAGGUUUCCCACAAAGCCCAUCAUGACCACUCCGGUAGUCACUUUCAACUCUGCUUCCUUGCAGCCAGGUACCCAGGCAUGCACCCCUCCCCCUUUAAAGCCCUGGGAAUUUUUGAAAUUCCACUUUCUGUUUGCUCAGCAUGAACAGCUCACAUCACACCUUCCCAGCUGACUGUGAGCGUUCUGCAGUAAAUGCGCCCCCACCUGAAGUACACAGAAGUUCCUGGAUCUGUUGGGUCUGUGCAGCUGCAGUUCCAAUCCAGCUGUAGGAACUUUCACACCUGCGAGCAGAUUGCUCGUGGCAUGGAUGUGAAGGGGCACAAAUGGGGCAGGCAGCAGUGCUGUGCUAAAGUCAAGGAGCUGAGUCCGGCGCACCAGAAGGCAAGGGAGGCCAACUGUCGCUCUGGUGCGGCACCAAAAACAUGCGGCUUCUACAAGGAGCUUCAUGACAUCCUUGGCGGCGACCCCACCUCCAACCCGUGUGGGUACUUCAGGGGGCCUGGAGGCACUGGCCAGCAGAGUCAGUCCCAAGGGUGAAGUGGUGGACAAGCUGAAGGAGGAGGUGAGACAGGCGACGUUCUCGCUGGGUGGCAUGCUGAACCAGGGCCUCUUUUUGAUUCCAGCGGGGUCUAACUACUCUCUGCUUUGAUACUGUACGGUUAUAUGAAGUAGAGGGGUCCUUUAUUUUGUUACAUGGUGUAUGUGGGAGAAGGGAUUGAACUUAACAACACUAGAUAUUGUUUGAAUCUACUUUGCAUUCCCUUGUGCACCUAUGCAGUGCGGGGCCCUGCAGAAAAGUGUGUUCAUGCACACCAAGCUCUCCUGGGAAUCCUCCACUGAGAUCUCCGGGAAACUUUCCUGCAGAUACUCUGCAAUCCCUCUGCCGAAGGUUCCUUGGCAGAGCUGCUUUGUUUCUUCCCCCAUUGUAGGAAACUUUGCCACCCCAAUGGGCAAUUACUUCUGGAGGAACCGAAGCAGCAUAUGGACCGGGUCUGAAGCCGCAUGCACGCAGGAGAUGCACCCUGGAGAUAUUAGGUUCGAUCACCUCUGCCUGUGGAAAAUGGUGUCAGUAUUCAGAAUACUGUCCCUCGGCGCUUGUACUGAUCCCCUUCUGAAACCACCCAGACCCUUUGUCCCUUCCUGCACAGCUCUCCUGCCCCCCAGCCCAAACUCGCCAUGUUUAGUGCUCCGGCCAUGCUGCGUGCUUGCCACGGGAAAGUCAGAAAGGUGUAUGUAACUUUUAUGAUUCAAGACUGUGAGUGCACACACAAUACUGAUUCUGUGAAUUGUUUCUUUUGCUUCUGCAGAUGUGCCCCGGAGGGUCAGCUCCAGCAACCAAGCAGAGCACCUCCGUCUGAUAAGGAGAUGAACGAGGAGGCGUAAGGAGGGCACGUUUCGCGAAGUGCUGCAAUUGUCAGAUCAGGCCCACAGCGAGCACAGAACGUGGAGAGAGAGAAUAAAUGAAAAGCUAGAAAUGGCUAGCUAGGAGAGGAGACAUGGCCAGGAGCACACGAUAGAGGGUCAGAACCAGAUGAUAAAGCUCAUGGAGGACCAAGCAGCGAUGCUGAGGUCCCUGAUUGCACUGCUGGUGGAACACAUGCGUGCUCGACUCCCCCUGCAGCCCCUACUGCUUUGCCUUCCUUGCCCUCCCCAAACACAAUCCUGACCCAUUGCAGUGCCCCUUGCACUCCUCCCCGGGGCCAUAUAACAACAGCUGGACUUACAGCUGUGAGGUCCUCGCUUCAGAGAGUGCUGCUCACUGCCAUG